AUGGUAGUAACUAAGGCAUUGCUACCUCCUCAUCCACACCCUUUAUGUUCUCUUCCAAUUCCCACCAAAACUAGAGGCCUCACCCUCCACCAAGUAAACCCUUUGUUGGAGUUCAGGUUGGAGAAGAGAAAGCCAAGGAAACGUGUGGCUCAUGUAUCACUGCUUGACCCUUUGGUUUCUUCUUCUACUCUUUCUGACUUUUUCAUCCACCAACACCAGCAAAACCCUUAUAGCCUUGUUUUGCUGGCUGAGAGUGUGGGCUAUUCAUUGGCCAGCUAUUACACUUCUUUGGGUCUCUUUGUGAUCUCUGUGCCUGGCCUUUGGUCCCUCAUUAAACGUUCUGUUAAGUCUAAGAUAGUGCAGAAGACUUUUAUAGGUGAAGUUGAAAAGAAGGCCCCGAACCAGGUUGCUGGGGAGAUUCUAUCGUUUUUCACUCGUAACAACUUUGCAGUGACUGAUAGGGGAGAGACAAUCACGUUUGAAGGACAGAUGGUUCCAAGCAGGGGUCAAGCAGCACUACUAACUUUCUGCACUUGCAUCAGCUUGGCAAGCGUGGCGCUCGUGCUUACCAUAACCUUCUCAGAUGUUGGCAACAACUGGUUUUGGAUCACCAUCUUAAGCCCAUUGGCAGGCAUUUAUUACUGGACUCGGGCAUCCAGAAAGGAACAGAUUAAAGUAAAAAUGAUAGUUGCAGAUGAUGGAAACUUAACCGAGAUCGUUGUCCAAGGUGAUGAUCAACAGGUCGAGCAAAUGAGGAAGGAACUCAAAUUCAGUGAAAAAGGAAUGGUGUAUGUUAAAGGCGUCUUUGAAAGAUGA